GGGCUACAGACCCCACGUUUGCUGCCAUCAGGGCCCUUGGCCAGGCCGGUGUCAGCAGUUCAGCAAUUUCACUGCUCUCAUCUGCUCCCUUCUCACUGCUGUGUCCUUGCCUUGCAGAGACCUGAGCUGGAAUUGCAUUCGGUUUAUCCACCCAGAAGCCUUUGUGACYCUGCAUUCCCUCACCAAGCUGGACUUGACCAACAACCAGCUGGUCGCGCUGCCCCUGGAUGGUUUGGCUGGACUGACCCAUYUGAAGCUCCAAGGCAACCCGGCUCUCUCGGAGCCCUUCACCAAGGAGAGCUUCCCCAAGAUGAGAGUCCUGGAGGUGCCAUAUGCCUACCAGUGCUGUGCCUACGGGAGCUGCAGCAGCUUCUUCAGGGGGUCCAGCCAGUGGGAGGCUGAAGACAUGAGCCCUGAGGAGGAGGAUCCCCACAAGAGGACCCUGGAAUUGUUCCCAGGCCACACCGAUAACCACUAUGACCUGGAUGCAGAUGAUCUCCAGCUGGACCUUGAGGAAUCAAAGCUGCACCCCACUGUUCAGUGCACACCAAGCCCCGGUCCCUUCAAGCCCUGUGAUCACUUGUUUGAGAGCUGGAUCAUCCGCCUGGGAGUCUGGCUCAUCGUUGUGGUCUCGGUGCUCUGCAACGGGCUGGUCAUCCUGGCUGUCUUUGCCUCACCCAGCUACCUGUCCCCAGUGAARUUCCUCGUGGGCUCCAUCGCCGGCGCCAACAUGCUGACGGGCAUCUCCUGCAGCAUGCUGGCCCUGGUGGACACCCUCACCUACGGCCACUUCGCCAGGUUCGGCGCCAGAUGGGAGACGGGCGCGGGCUGCAGGGUGACGGGCUUCCUGUCCGUGCUGGCCUCCCAGGCUGCCAUCUUCCUGCUGACCCUGGCUGCAGUGCAGUGCAGCCUCUCAGUCUCCUGCGUGCGGGGCUACGGCAAGUCCCCCUCCCUGGGCAAGGUCAAGGUUGCUGCCUGCUGCUGCCUGYUGYUGUCCUCAGUUGCUGCCGUCCUGCCUCUCUUCUCUGUCGGGGAAUAUGGAGCAUCCCCCCUGUGCCUUCCGUACCCCAUCCCAGAGGGGAAACCCGCCACCCUGGCCUUCACUGUGGGCCUGGUGAUGACAAACAUGCUCUGCUUCCUGACCAUCACUGGCACCUACAUCCGACUCUACUGCCACCUGCUCAAGGGRGAGUUCAGCGCCGUCUGGGACUGCGCCAUGGUCAAGCACGUGGCCUGGCUGAUCUUCACCAACUGCCUCCUCUACUGCCCRGUGGCCUUCCUCACCUUCUCCUCCACCCUCAACCUCUUCCUUAUCACGCCAGAGGUCAUCAAAUCCGUCCUCCUUGUGGUGCUGCCCCUGCCUGCCUGCCUCAACCCCUUGCUCUACCUGCUCUUCAACCCCCACUUCAGAGAUGACUUCCGCCUGCUGAGGCAGAAAGGGCAGGACAAGGGCARUUUCCCCCAGGCCUGCAGGGCUGAUGACAUGGAGAAAAGCUCCUAUGACUCCACCCAGGCUCUGGUGAACUUCUCCGACAUUGACCACAUGUUUGAGACACCCGAUUCCCUGGGAGUGCGCCCCAUCCUUGAUAGCUACAACUUCCCCUCCAUGGCUCUCAUCCCCUACCAGCAAAGGGUGGGCACCAGGGGGAAGGAGAGGGGCUUCUCUGAGCAUUGUCCCUGCCUCAGUGACAGUGAGGUGCUGAUUGCUUCAGAGAGCCGGGACCCAUCCGGCAGCAGCCUGCGGAUAACUUUCCUCCCAUCCCCUCCCACGCCGCCCUAUCCGUCCCACUUGUAAACCCGCAGGGAGCAGCCGUGGGGACAGCCCCACAGCACACGCCAAGGGCCAGCACCAGUGCCGAGGGGCCAGCGCGGUGACGCAAACUGCUCCCUGGAAAGCACCAGUCCAACCUGCCUACCCUCAUCCCCAUCACACCUGCCUGGGCAACAGGYACCGCUCUGCCAGCUGCCCCUGGCCCAGCAGGGCUCUGACUGAGCUCCAGAUGCUCAGGGCUGGCCAUGGGAAGAGACAACCCCUGUAUGAGCCUCACUUCUGCUCAGAAAUGCCUGGGAGAGAGCCCCACUGGCUCAAGAAGGGGGUCAGGGAAACCCUCCUCCUCCUCACCCUGCAGCACCACCAGCCAGGAGGAGCCUGCAGCAAAGCCAAGCGUGUCUUCUCAAGGAARAGACCAUUAGCCAAAGCUAUUGCUCUGUGGCAAUACAUGGAAAUGACCAAGUGCCAUGAUGUGGCCACCCACAGGAACUCCAGGCCUUGUUUUCUAGGGCUCUCUGCAGGUCCCACACACCCAUGGAAACAGGCUGGUGUCUGUCUCACACCAUUGACAGCAGCAUAUCUGUGUGUGCACCUGAGUUUGGGACUGCCUCUGUUUUGGGACUCUCUGCUCAUUCACCGGGAGCCUCAUGGGUUGGACACAACCCUCACAUCAGCCAGUACCAGGAGCUGGGGAUGCUCAGUCUCUCACUCUGACCAACAGUGUCUCACAAGGGGUCUCUGAAACCCAAAGCAGCCAAAUCCAAAGAGUUCCCAGAAAACCCAUGUGCUCUGCCUGAGGUCACCCAGCAGCACUGAGCCAAGG